UGCAUCCCUGUCUUUCUCUUACACCACCUUACAGCAAUUUUCCGUGGCACCUUAUGCCAAGAUUUCUCACUUCGUGAAAAAGAAAUUAACACGUUAGAAGUGAUCUGACCUGUAAUUUUUACAAGAGAUCAGAGAAUGGCAGCCAUGUCUAUAGCAAAAAGUACAAUUCGCAACGUUUCAACGAACCCCUUUUUUACUCUCCGCCCCAGAGUCUCUAGAGUGUGCUUCGUUUCUGCUUCCAGACAUCGCAAGGGGGACAGGACUAAUUCUAGAAAAACAAGGGAUGUUGUGGGAGAAUCCCUGGACAAAUCUAAAGCGAAGAGUCAAGAAAUGGAGAAAGCCGAGGUCGUUAAAGACACGACGAGUGAUGCCGCGACAAUCGCGGCGAAGAAAAGCGAAGAAUCCAAGGACACAGCGGCGGAGUCCGUUUACGAGACGAAGGAGAAGGUGAUAAAGCAGGCCCAUGAGAUGAGUGAGAAGAGCAAGGAAAAAUCAGGGGCUGUGGCUGAUAAGGCCAGAAAAACGAGGGGAAAGAUAAUGGACGCCACGGGCAAGAUGGUCGAGAAAACGAAAGAAUACGCUCACUGGGCGAAGGAGAAGACGGGGGAGACUUUGGAUACCGGGGCAGAGAAAACAAAGGAGAAAGCAAAUGGUGGGGCGGAGACAGUGGCAGACGUGGCGCAGAGUAUAGGUAAGAAGGCGAAGCAAACGGUGAAGAGCGCAUUGGGGGCGGCGAAGGCGACAACGCAGAAAAUCAAGGAGACGGUGGUGGGGAAAUCAGAUGAUGAGUACAAAGAGAAGGGUAUGGAUGAAGACAUGGUUGAUAUGAAGCGGCGUCCCGCGGAGGAGCAGGGUCAUGACCAUAAAUAUUGAAGGACUCUGUUGUCUUCUUUUCUCCGGCUUUCGGGAGUUUAAAACUUUUGCAGUGCAGACAAUCAGUUCUGUGAUCUGGCUCUGUGUUUUUGGAGAAAUUUAUAUUACAAGUUUUUCAAACAUUGUGUAUAUGAGGAGCAAGUUUAAAUAAAAUUACAUUUAAAUUCUAUGAAUUAUGAUCUAUCUAAGUGGGAUUCUCCCAACUCGGCCCCAACAAAGAGGCAGGUCCCGGAAUUACGAAAGGGUGUGGGCGUCCAAACUGACGCCGCCAACUGUUGUCAGUGAUAAUGCAGAACUAAUUCAAUGAGAUAGAAUUGGACCUUCGAUCCUCAUCAAGAAAAGGGCACGAUGAAAGUGUAACGAGGGAGAAACAGAAAGGAAAGUCGACAACUGACACAGCCGCCAGCAGCCUAGCCCUUCCGCCACCGCCACAGCCACACUGGCUGUGCCCUGCCGCCCUCCGUCUGCUAGCCUCCAGUGCAAUCUACCUCGUGGUCCA